AUGAGUGAAGUUGAGGAAUGGAUAUCAGAAAAGGCUAUUUUGGCUCAACAGGCUCCGCCUCCUUGUAGUGGUGUUGGUAUUGCUGCCAUCUACGGUAAAUUCAAGACCUUUGAAAGUGAAUUAGACGCUAAUAAGGACAAGAUUGAGAGGGUUAUUGCUGAUGGGGAGCAGUUGAUGGCCGAGCAACCACAAUUGCAAGCAGAGAUUGAGCCACGCAUGGAGGUACUGCGUCGCCAGUGGGUGGAUCUCAACAAUCAAGCCCAGGAGCAGAGCGCUAAAUUGGCUGAUUCCAACCGCGAGGCUCUGUUUGACGAAACCGCAAAGUCUAUGCUCACUUGGAUUACUGAGGUUUCCUCGCAGAUCGUUACUACUACGGAAGAGGUGACCGAAGAAGUUGGACUCGUUGAACUGAAUGAGCAAAUCAAGGAUCAGGAAAAGAAAGAGCAAGAACUUAUGGCCAAGCGGAAGAUGCUCGAAGACAUGGCUAAUCAUGCGGAAAAGUUGAAAGAGCAAUAUCCUGAUAGGAAGGAUGAGUUCGAGCAGGUUCAUCAGGAAGUGCGUAUCCGGCUUAUGGAGCUCGAGGCUCCAAUGGCCAACCGACGUGAUCGUCUUCUCAAGCAGAAGCGGGUGCGCCAGUUCUUCCGCGAUUUGGAGGAUGAAAAGGACUGGAUCCGGGAGAAACUUGCUCUUAUUGAGGAUCAUGGUCGAAUGGCGUCUAGUCUCCUUAUUAACCAGCAGUUGCAACGACGUCAUAAAAUGCUCACCAAUGAAGUUGAGAAUCAUGAACCGCGCGUUGAUGCUGUUUGUCAGCAAGGAGAAGAAAUGAUUGCUGAAGGUCAUCCACACAGUGAAAAAUUCCGCGAGGGCAUUGACGAGGUACGCGCUUUAUGGGCUACGCUGCGAAAGGCAUUGGCUGACCGCCAGGCUGCCCUUGCGCAGAAUGAAAUUGCUCAGCAAUACCUCUUCGAUGCCAGUGAGGCGGAGGCCUGGAUGGGUGAACAGGAACUCUACCUUAUGGGUGAUGAGAAGGCCAAAGACGAGCAAGGUGCUACUAAUGCCAUGAAGAAACACGAGCUACUUCAAAAAACCAUUGAGAACUACGCCAGCGAAAUCCGGUCUCUGGGCGACCGCAGUCGUGCAAUGGUUGAGUCAGAUCAUCCUGAAAGUGAGGUGGUGGCCGCCAAACAAUCGAGAGCCUGGAUCGACGAGCGUACGGUCAUCGCUAGUAGUCACGAGAUGGGCGCCGACUACGAGCAUUGUUGUUUGCUAAGGGAGCGUUUCGCGGAUUUCUCAAAGGAGACAAACGAGUUGGGCAAGCACCGGGUUGCUGCUGCCAACGAGCUCUGUGACGCUCUCAUUGCCCAAGGUCAUGGAGAAGCAGCUGAAAUCGCCAGCUGGAAAGAUCGUGUCAACGAAGCUUGGGCCGAUCUUUUGGAAUUAAUAGAGACUAGUAUUCAAUUGCUCAAGGCUGCGUGGGAUCUGCACAAAUUCCUUUGUGAUUGUCAAGAUGUUCUUGACAGGAUCGCAGAGAAAGCGGGUGCCAUUCCAGAUGAUGUCGGUCGCGAUGCCAAGGCCGUCGCAGUGUUGCAGCGCAAGCACGCAGCAUUUGAGGCCGAGCUCUCCCGCCUUGGCCAACAGGUCGAGGAGGUAGUCGACUUCGCCAACAACCUGCUACCUAGCUAUGCUAGCGAGAAAGAGAGCAUCAUAUGUGAUCGCCGAGACGAAGUAGUCCAGGCUUGGAGACAACUUCAGUAUGCUGCCGAACAGAGAAAGAUUCACCUGCUGGAUGCAAGUGAUGUCCAUAGAUUCUUCGCAAUGGUUCGUGAGCUUCAACUCUGGAUGGAUACAAUGCGAACCGAGAUGACCGUUAAGGAAAAACCGAGGGAUGUUUCGGGAGUUGAGUUGUUGAUGAACAAUCACAAAAGUCUGAAGGCCGAAAUUGACGCUCGAGAGGAGAACUUUAGUAUCUGCCUAAGUCUAGGGCGAACUCUCCUCAAUCGGCGCCAUCCGAGAGAGGAAGAAAUUCGAGACAAAUGCAUUCAGUUGGUUACUGAGCGUGUCCUCCUGCUGGAACAAUGGAAUGAUAGGAACGAGAACCUCCAGCUGAUGUUGGAGGUCUAUCACUUCGCUCGCGAUGCUGCGAUUGCAGAAGCUUGGCUUGUCGCUCAGGAAUCAUUUGUCAAGAGUCCGGAUCUUGGUGACUCCCUAGAUGAGACUCUUGCUCUGCUCAAAAAACACUUGGCCUUUGAAAAGGCCGUGGCUACCCAAGAAGAACGAUUUAUCGCUCUCCAGAAGGAGACUAUGCUUGAAUUAAAAGCCAAGGAGCGAACACCCGAAAGCGAGGCUGCACACAAGAAAGCCAUCGAGCAAAAGAUAUCUGACGCUAGUCGAGAAUUCCAGCCUCUCCCUUCUACUUCUCAGACGGCUGCUGCUCCAGGUUCUUUCCAUGGCACGCCACUUCGUCGUGGCGUUGAAACGCCGACGGGUCGUUCUCUUCGUGAGUCCGUUGAUUCUGGUCGUCCUGCUCCUCACAAUCUCGAAGCUACUCUCCACCGAAAGCAUGAAUGGGAAACGGCUGCCAAACGAGCAUCUGGGCGCUCUUGGCACGAGCUUUAUUUCGUGCUCAACGCUACCUUGGGGACUCUUUCUGCUUACAAAGACUCUCGCUCUGCUCAUGAUAAACCAGGACACCUCUAUCACAAAGAGAGUCCGGUUAGUCUUGCUGGUGCGGUGGCUGCUCCUGCAACCAAUUACGAAAAGCGUCCAUGUGUAUUCCGCUUGAAACUGUUCAACGGCGGUGAAUCUUUGUUCCAAUGUCCUUCAGAGGAUGAUAUGCAUAAUUGGGUUGAAGCCAUCAACUCUAUUGCGGCUUCGCUUCCAGCUCCCGUUACGGUAAUGCCUCCUACAGAGGAAGAGGACGUAGAGGGUGGAUUGAUAGCUCCUGCUGGGCGCUCAGCGACUCUUCCCUCUACAGCACUCCACCUCUCCGAACCCGGUACUAGUGAUGCGCAGGCUCCUGGACCCUCAAAGCCUAAAAAGAAGUUUCUUACACUUAUGCGGAAAAAGUAA